AUGGCGAGGAGAUCAUCGGCAAGGGCGGCGAAGAGCGUCGGCGGCGACGACGGGGAGGGUGGUGAUGGGGCUGCUAUGGCAGCCAGUGGUAAGGAGGCCAUUGGGGUGCUGCAGUGGCUGUGGCUGGGUGGUGGUUGGGUGGCGGCCCUUGGCGGAGCGGUGGCCGACCGAAAAAAAGGGCCGGGGAGCCAGAGCGGUGGCAAGGGACUGAGCGGCGGUCGAGGACUGAGUGGCGGGGGCCAGGGUGGAACACGUCCGGGGAGAGGAGUUGCGGGCGGCGGCCGGCGAGUGGAAUGGCGGCUAGAGGAACAAGCAGUGGCCGACAAGGAGGAGCUACGGGUGGCGGCCGGAGGAACAAGCAACGGCCGGUGGGGAGCAUGCAGCGGCCAGCGAGAGCGGGCAGCGGUCGGCGGGAGCAGAAGCCGGGGACCAAGCAGUGGCCGGCGGGAGUGGAAGCCGGGGACUGGAAAAGAACGCCGGAAAGGGCCGCCAGCGGGGGCCGCAGAGGCCGGACUGACAAGUCUGACAAGCCUAUCAGUCCGGUACCCUGCAGUACCCCCAAACCGCAAAAAAACUUCCAAAAUUUUAUUUUUUUCUUAA